AAUCAGAAUCCGUUACCGCCUCCCCGGCCGCCGCCAUUGUCGCGCUCGUAGCCCCCCUCGGCGCAGGCGGCGGCGGCGGUGGUGGCGGCGGCAUGGCGGACGCCGACAAACCCGAAGUCCCCCGGGCUGAUGGCGACGACAGUCCGCACCCGCAGCCCGCGGAGCCGUCGGGCGAACCGCGGCGAGAACCGCACCCGCCGGAGCCGGAGAAGCAGGCGCCUCAGCAGCACAGCAGCAGCUCCAAUGGCGUGAAAAUGGAAAAUGAUGAAUCAGUGAAAGAAGAGAAAUCUGAAUUAAAAGAAAAAUCUACAGGAAAUAAGAAGACCAAUAGAUUUCACCCUUAUUCAAAAGACAAAAGUUCGGGCAGUGGAGAAAAGAAGGGUCCAAAUCGUAACCGAGUUUUCAUUAGCAAUAUCCCAUAUGACAUGAAGUGGCAAGCUAUUAAAGAUUUAAUGAGAGAAAAAGUUGGUGAGGUUACAUACGUGGAGCUCUUUAAGGAUGCGGAAGGAAAAUCCAGGGGUUGUGGUGUGGUUGAAUUCAAAGAUGAAGAAUUUGUAAAGAAAGCACUAGAAACUAUGAACAAAUAUGAUCUUAGUGGAAGACCUUUGAAUAUUAAGGAGGAUCCUGAUGGAGAAAAUGCUCGCAGGGCAUUGCAACGAACAGGAGGUUCCUUCCCAGGAGGACAUGGACCUGAUAUGGGAUCAGGCUUGAUGAAUUUACCACCUUCCAUUCUCAAUAAUCCAAAUAUUCCUCCCGAGGUUAUCAGUAAUCUUCAGGCUGGUAGACUUGGAUCCACAAUUUUUGUUGCUAAUCUUGACUUCAAAGUUGGUUGGAAGAAGCUAAAAGAAGUAUUCAGCAUAGCUGGAACUGUAAAGCGGGCGGAUAUUAAAGAAGACAAAGAUGGCAAGAGCAGAGGAAUGGGCACAGUCACUUUUGAACAAGCAAUUGAAGCAGUUCAAGCAAUCUCUAUGUUCAAUGGGCAGUUUUUGUUUGAUAGACCUAUGCAUGUGAAAAUGGAUGACAAGUCUAUACUUCAUGAAGACUAUCGGUCACAUGAUAGUAAAGCACCACAAUUACCACGUGGUCUUGGAGGCAUUGGAAUGGGACUUGGUCCAGGUGGACAACCUAUUAGUGCCAGCCAGUUGAACAUAGGUGGUGUAAUGGGAAAUUUAGGUCCAAGUGGUAUGGGAAUGGAUGGUCCAGGUUUUGGAGGAAUGAAUAGAAUUGGAGGAGGAAUUGGGUUUGGUGGUCUAGAAGCAAUGAAUAGCAUGGGAGGAUUUGGAGGAGUUGGCCGAAUGGGAGAGCUAUACCGUGGAGCGAUGACUAGUAGCAUGGAGAGAGAGUUUGGACGUGGAGAUAUUGGAAUAAAUCGAGGCUUUGGCGAUUCCUUUGGUAGACUUGGUAGUGCAAUGAUUGGAGGGUUUGCAGGAAGAAUAGGAGCUUCUAACAUGGGUCCAAUAGGAUCUGGAAUAAGUGGUGGAAUGGGUGGUAUGAACAGUGUGACUGGAGGAAUGGGGAUGGGACUGGAUCGGAUGAGUUCCAGCUUCGAUAGAAUGGGACCAGGUAUAGGAGCUAUACUGGAAAGGAGCAUCGAUAUGGAUCGAGGAUUUUUGUCGGGUCCCAUGGGAAGUGGAAUGAGAGACAGAAUAGGCUCCAAAGGCAACCAGAUAUUUGUCAGAAAUCUGCCUUUUGACUUGACUUGGCAGAAACUAAAAGAGAAAUUCAGUCAGUGUGGCCAUGUAAUGUUUGCUGAAAUAAAAAUGGAGAAUGGAAAGUCAAAAGGCUGUGGCACCGUUAGAUUUGACUCCCCAGAAUCAGCUGAAAAAGCCUGCAGGAUAAUGAAUGGCAUAAAAAUCAGUGGCAGAGAAAUUGAUGUCCGCUUGGAUCGUAAUGCAUGAUUUCAAACAGCCACAGCUGGAACAUUCUUAUAUCUGUUUUUGCUGAACCUACUAGUAGAAGUUUUUUUGUUUGUUUGUUUGUUUCAUUUUGUUCUGUUUUGUUUUCUGUAGUAGUGUAUGCUUAGAAAGUUGUGAAAAUGAACUUUUAAACUCCCACCAGCUUUUUAACAGUAUAGUGUUAAAUAUACUGUGAUUUUUUUUUGUGUGUGUGUUAACCUCAAGUUUGGAUAUUUAAAGACAAGACGUCUCAUCAUUCAGUUUAAAUGAAUGGUUACACUGUUUUUAACAAAAUAA